AUGGUUGAGGUUCCCAUUCAAAUUGCAGAAGUCGUGUAAAACUAUAUAGGAUCACAAAACAGACCUUGCAAAUCCCAGCAACUUCUACGAGGGGCAUUUCAAACAAACGUUCUGAGGCGCUGAUACAAGACUCCCUCAUCACAUCCCGCGGCCGCAGGAAGCUUUAGUGAAGAGGCGGCUCUGUGUAAUCAAUUCACUGCAUGUUAGCAAGGAGGCGGUGGCUGCGUCCCAUAGCUGGCAACUCUUUAACCCUUAAUCCGCACCGCCCGCCUCUCAGUGACCACCCCACACUGCCUCGUCCCGCCCGCCUCACGCCUUUUCCCGCCACGCCCUUAGGACACAGCAUGAGGGACACCGGUAUUCCCACAGCCAUGCCCUGAGGUGCCCCGGCGCAUAAAGGCUGCAGGACAAGAUGACAUAUGAGAAGCAGGCGACGCGAAGGUCAGGCAGAGCAGGGCAGUGAGGGUGAGGGCAGGACGCGGGCAGGAGGAUCACUCUCCCUCUCACUUGUGUUCUCCUUGUGUCUUCCUACGUUAUGUCCUGCUGCAGGGGAAGGACGUGUCAGGCAGGAGUGAGCGACAUCCUGCUGGGACAUUAGGAUCCUGAAGAGGUGUGAAGCGUCCGUGGUGAGGUGAAGUAAUGAGGUAACUCCCAUAUAAUGCAGUAGAAAUAACACACUUGAACCGUUCGAAUCUGACAGAACUUUUCCAUGCAGUAGAAAAAGAAGGAAAAAACAAAACAAACUGAAACGUACCGAAAACAACAACAAUAGAACUUCUCCAUGCAGUAAAAAAGAAAAGUGAGUAAAUAAAAAUCACUCGCCUUGGAAAAAAACAACGGAAGCGCACCGAAAAGAACAACAACUACAACAACAGCAACAACAACAACACUGGGAGGCGAGGCGCGCUUUGAAGCACCGUAACCUUGAAUUAAGAAGCAUCACAGAAAAAAAAAACCUCUCACACUUCAAGAUGUCUGACGGGAAGGAGCCGCGAAGCAUGGGGUGCCGGCUGCGCGCGGUGGUGUGGGGCCUGACCGGCUUGUGCGUGUUCACCUGCCUGGCGUCCGUCCGCUGGCUCACCCCCAACGGCGGUUCCCUCGACGCGGCGGAGCGGUCACCUCUACCUUACGCGCCGGUGCCCUACGCAGACUCCGCGGCGUACAUGGAUGGCCCGGACGUGGCUAGGGAGAUGCGGUGGCGGCAGGAGAGCGUGAAGGCGGCGUGCCCUGAGCUCAGUUGGCGGAUGACGGGCGGCGGCGUGACGGAGGGCGCCGCGCUGGACAAUCUCUCCAAGCACUCGCGCGCUCUCGACCACCUCAUCGUGGACGACAGGAACCAGGUCUUGUACUGCUACGUGCCCAAGGUCGCGUGCACCAACUGGAAGCGCAUGAUGCUGAUUCUGACGGGAGGCACCAACAAAACGGACCCGCUGGCCAUCCCCGCCGACAGCGUUCACCGCAUGCACAAAUUUCGCAAGCUUAGUGACCUCAAGCCUGACGCCAUCCGCCACCGCCUUCGCACAUAUACCAAGUUUCUGUUUGUUCGUCAUCCUGUUGAGCGCAUAAUCUCAGCCUUCAGGAACAAAUUCGAGAAGAACUUCACCUCCUCGGCCUACUUCAAGGAGCGCUUUGGGGUCAAGAUCAUGAAGACCUACCGCAAAGGGGCAGCGCCGGGCAGUAUUCCGAGCAGCGGGCAUGGGGUUCGCUUCCAUGAGUUCGUGUCUUAUCUCAUCGACACCAACCCAGUGACUUAUAACGAGCAUUGGGCCCUCGUCAGUGACAUGUGCUUCCCGUGUGAUAUGAGAUACGACUUCAUUGGGAAAUACGAGACCUUAGCCGAGGACUCCAAGUUUAUCCUGGAGCAGAUCGGAGCGCCACCCUCGCUGCACUUCCCCGAGGUGGUGCCGUCCAAGACCACUGGCGUCGUCGAGUCCUACUUUGGCUCCCUCACUCCGCAGCAGCAGCGAGAGCUUGUGCAGAUCUACUCCGAGGACUUCCGAAUAUUCGACUACCACUUUAAAGACUAUAUUUAAGGUUCGUGUUGGUAGGUUGAGUCUUCCCGUGUCUGGUCCUGUGAUUGUGAUUUUUCUUGCGUUGGUCUACGUGAAUGUCAGUGUCUUGUUGUUGAUUCGUUUCCCCCAGCUAGUGAUGGAAACACACACAAAGGUUUAUGCGAGAUGAGGAUGCAUAGUACUUGAUUUUUUACAAGCUGUGAUCUGUGAUUUUAUACAAUUUUUAUAUGUAAAUGGCUCACAAAUAUUUUUAGAUACUGAAAGAAUGAUUGUGUUGUGAGGUGAGUGAGCGGUGGUGGACCAGCCAUGAGCUCUGAAAACCAGUGGAAUAGUGGAGGAAACCCUUUGGUGAUGAUUCAUGAAAUAUCUCAGAAAACCAUUUAUGGAAGCUCAAAAUUUCCUCUCAUAAUUUAAGAAGAAGGAGGAUAUGAAAUAGAUAUUUGUACAGAUACCCGCUGGAAAUUAGUCUCUACUCUUUAAGUACUAUCAGAAAAUUAUUUGCUACUCAUGAUACAUAGAAAACUGUAGAGGAACAGGAUGAUGGUAAUCUAGCUUUGAGGUGCUUGUGAGGCUGCAGACAUUUCUAAGCUUGUCAGGUAUCCCAUGGGUUGCCAUUUGCUUGUAGCUUCUUGGCGGCAGACAGAAACGGUUGACUGGUGUGUUACAAGUCAUUAGCAAUAUUUAUACUUUGCCUGAAGCUUUAAUAGAACACAUAGAUGGAAAGGGUGGACGGACACACGGUGAGUCAUCCAAAGGUGGUCACUUGCCAGAGCUUCCCACAAGAGGAGAGGAGAGUGUCAAGGGUUGAGAGUCGCCCUCUAAGUCAAAGUAGUGUUAUGCGUAUGCCUGGAGAGACUGAACAGGACAUGAGGAGCACAAAGGACUGAUGCACUGUAAGUCGCCGCAGUAUUAUUAGUUAAAGACUUGACCGAUGCUGCUGGAAAGAACAGGAAGGAAAAGAAUAGUGACAUGCUGUAAGUCUCAACAGAACAGGAGACAGCAUGGUUAGUACACUGCAAGUCACAUGAAAGGGACUCAAGACAUUGUAAGUCAGUACUAACAUGACUGAAGCAUUACCCUGAAGAAUAGGCCAGAAGGAGGAAGUAGAGCUUGCACAUUCUACCUUCUGAUGGGAAAGAAAAAGAUCAUAGAGUGUAAGUCAUUGCAGUAUUAAGUAUUGCCCUGAAGCCUCCAUACUGCUGUGGCUUUGUUUAUCAUCCUCAUAUGUGUUGGGUGUGCUGGGAGAAAAUAGAGUUAACACAUAUAAGUCAUAACAGGGAAGAAGAAAGAAAAGUCAGGAGCGUAAGUCAUUGCAGUAUUAAGCAUUACCCAGACGAAGACAUGUUGUUGUGGCUGUAUUUAUCCUCCUCAUGUGUGCCGGGCCUCUGUGCCGCCCACCAGAGAGCUGUACGGUGAAAGAGUGACUGACUGGCUCACCGUCACUGGGGGCCUUGUACUCAGAGAAGCGAUGCAGGACUGUUGUUGUUCCUCAUCCUAUUUUUCUAGGACUGAAUGUAUGUAUGUACAAUGUGAAUAAGAUGUAAAAAUGUAAAUCAGGA